AUGUUGAAGAAAGGAGACAUAACCAUAGGCGAGGGUGAUGCAAUUAUCAAUGUCUUACCUGACAGUCUUAAACUAGUGGACGGUGGCGGAGUAUGUAAAAGCAUAUUAAAAUGUGGUGGCAACGUUGUUCAACAAGAAAUCGAUCUCAGAAGAAGAGAAGCUGCAAGAUUCAUUCCAGGAGCUAUAUUUCACACAUCUGCAGGGUCCAUCAAGAAUGUCAAGAAUAUUAUACAUUUUGUACCAAGUGAAUUUGAUGUUUCAGCUCUCCAAGGGGACAUAGAAAAUUGUCUUCGCUUGGCACAAAAAUGUUCUUUCCGUUGUAUCUUGAUCCCAGCUAUAGGCACUGCAAAUUUUGGGUUCUCCCCAGAAGAUUCAGCUAACACAAUUUUGAAUGCAGCAACGAAUUACUCAAUCACCAGCAACCAUCGUUUAACCCUGAUCAUCGUGGUUUAUCAGGAAGAAAUGUUGCCAAAUUUCAAGAUGGUUUUGGAAGACAAAAUGAAAUAUGCAUUGGGUACGAUGGAGAGAACAAGAUGUUUCAAGAAGCUGCACAGUUCGAGAAUGGCAGUUAAACUGCAUGCAAAUUCCAAAUUGAAAACUUUAUGCAACUGAUGGGAAAAUUAUUUGAAAAGCAAAUUUUAAGUGCAGGAGAUCUAGAAUUGUUUUUAAUAAUCACUUUAAAAAGAGCUUGCGCACAAAAUGGAAGAAGGUUGAAUGAAUUUUAUGAACUAUGAAAGUACCAGACAAUUUGAUGUACAAAAACACAAAUUUUACAAACGUCGUUUGAAAGAAUUAGCAAGUUGUAAAGAUUAGAAUAGCAUUGAACCUAAAAUUGCUGCGAUUGGUGCUUAUACAUACAAUGACAGCGUUGAAAAAACCAAUUCGGCACAGCACGAACCAUUCGCAUGAUCUGAGCGGCAACGGAACCAAUAAUUGAUAGGAAUACAGUGUAUUUGGACCUUAUGAAUUCAAAUUACGUUUUAAAUAUCCCAUUGCUGUGCCGAAGCCAUUUUUAGAGCGUUUAUUUAAAACAACCCUCUUGCGUUCGAAAUGUUACCUUUCAAAAUAACUUUAGCAGUAAAAUUACCAGCUGACUACAAAUUACCCAUGCUUACAGUUUUCACAAAUUUUGCAGAAUCUGCAGUUUAGCGGACAUUUUCGAACUGUGCAGUCAUAUUUAUACAACCUGUAUAGAGUACAUAUCGGGUUUUGUUGCGCAUUCUACAUUUGGCGCCCCAUUUGGAAUUUUCUUAUCAACAAUAUGCGAAAUUUUCGGCUUCGUAAGCUUACUUGUUUCCAACUGUUUUCUAAUUGUCCCUCUCUUUUCUUUAUAGUUGACAUACCUUCAAACUGGGCUGAGCAACCAAACGGAAAGGUAGUACACCUUGUUAACUUACCACAAUCAUCAGACGAAUACAGAGAAAACUUAAAGCUUUUCAACAACGGAAAUAGCGUCUAUGAAGUGACAAAAAUUGAAAGAAUUCAAAAUCCUGGUCUUUACAGAGCAUACAUUGUGAAGAGGCAGUCAAUGGCUGGCAAAGUAAACGAGAGAAGACUAUUUCAUGGCACAAAUGCCACAAAUAUUGAUAAAAUCAAUACUAAUAACUUCAGCAGAAGCUUUGCGGGAGAGAAUG